CUACUUCAGUUCAGUCUCCUCCGUUCUCAACUCUCAGUGUGAAUCAGUUGGUUAGAAUACACCGGAGCGAAGAGAGCUAAACAAAACAAAAUCUUAAAUAUUUUCUCUAGUUACCAUCAGUACUCGGAGAAAAAAACAUCAAUCCAGUUAUUCUCUGUUAAUAAAUCAACAAAUAAACUAAAUCAGUAUAUCCGGGUACUACUGGAGAAUAUCAUCCUAGAUCUAACAUUAAAAGUGACAGAUACUGAACAACCAUCAACAUGGAGUUAACUUAAAACAUGUAUACAACCCUGUGCAGUUAUAAAACCUAAACACUGGUUUAAUAUAACCAGGACGAUUCUACCAUAUAUCCUUUAAAUCAGAUCUAAGUUAAGGCAGGGUGUAGAAGAAAUGGUUAGUUUUGUAUUGAAUGAUGUAGCCUGGAGCUAGUAUAAUCUACCUGUUAUAUCGGAUACUCGGAUACGCACCAACUCCCUAAUGAACCAAGAGAAGGAAAAGGAGCCAAGACGGCGAUCUCGCUGGCAUAUGAGAGGGUUGAGUAUUCCGUCCUUUGUCCGGAGCCGGAGUACGGAUAGCAAGGACGGAGACCAUGGGACGAUUAAAGAGCGGCUACCGGCAAAAUUAAGUUUUUGGAAGAGGAAAUCCGCGAAUAUCACUGAUUAUGAUCCAACUUAUCGAGUCAUAUAUUUGGGGAAUGUACUCACCGGAUGGGCGAAAGGAGAUGGAUGUGUUGAUAAACCUCUCUCCACCCUGUGGAGGAACCACAUCAGCUCCGACAAGCAGGAUAUCAUCAUGAAGGUUACCGUGGUCAACAGUGGGCUCAGAGCUGUUACCAAGGAGCACGGACUCACAGAAUACUGGGCGAACAGGAUUACCUACAGUGUAGCUCAUCCAUCCUAUCCCAGGGUUUUCUGUUGGAUAUACAGGCACGAAGGUCGGAAAAUGAAGCAGGAACUCCGCUGCCACGCUGUCCUCUGUCCUAAAGAGGACAAGGCGCGGCAAAUGGGAACCAACUUACAAAACCGGUUACAUCAGGCCCUCGUGGACUUUAAAAAGGACAAGAUCUCAAGACAGAACGCUAGAUUAAGUUUAGCUAAUUCUAUUCAUGAAAAUCCAAGUAUGCCGUAUAGGAAACUUCUCCUACAGGCAGGAACCAACAACUAUAAACCUCCGAUUGAGCGGAGUAAAAGUGCUCCUAAGCUCACCUCUAUAGAGGAGGUGGACCUAGAGGAGGAGGAGGAGGACGAUUAUGAGUAUGAAUAUGAGUGUGUAGAGAGUCAUGUUGCUGAGGUUCAUGUUGAUCCGUUGAGUCUGCGACUAGGAGAGGAACCUCGUGUACCUCCUCUACCCAACUCUAAGCUUGAUUACUCCUCCGUCUACCUCCAGGAGGAGAGUGAUGAGGAGGAUAUGAUAACGGACUACCUGGGCGGAACUCAGGUUGACUCCGCCCAGAGCUCUAGUCCAGCCAGCCAGGGCAGGUCAGGUUCGGUCUGCUCCACUCAGAAAUCCAGUCCUACCAGAGAAUCUGAUUCAAACUCAUUAUCCGACCAAUUCGACUCCGACCAGGGGGAAGGAUUGCCUCAAAGUCUCGGUAAAAUGAAGGUCUCAGAUCAAGAUACUAUUAGUGAUGAGAGUGGUUACUCCGAGGAACCAAUCUCUUGUAGAGAUGUUACCGUAGUUCAGGUAUCCGGAGAACCAGAUCUUAGUGAUAACCCAGAUCUAAACAGUGAGUCAGUAAACAAUGAGCAUAAACUUAGUAUUACACUAAACGACGAGGAUAUCGGGUUUAGAAUAACCACCCAAUCUAUACCUGUGAGUCAGCUAGUGAGAAGAUCUAGCUCCGACUCUACAGGAUCCUCACCUCGGGACUCUGCAGAUUCAUCUCCGUCAUCGGGUUCUCCUAGGUCCCUUAGUCCACCCAGCCCACCGUUGAUCAAAACCCUCUCUCCCCGCGUGACAGAUCUCUCUGUUAAAAGUGUUCUUUUAUCUGAGUUUAGCACGAGUGAGAAGUUGAAGUAUAUUGAGAGAAGUAAUGUUAAACCUGUAAAACCAAGUUUGGUUCUCAAGAGACAAGAAUUCUGUAUAAACAUUUAAACUAGUUCCUAGGAUAUAAUUUAUCCCUAAUUAAUGUAAACAGACCGCUUCAUUUGCAGGAAUUCCUCUCAUUUUCUCCUGUUUUUGCAUAAACCUGGACCAGAAUUUAAUUAACUCCAGGAUUCAUUCUUUCUUCUUUGAUAAGUUAUUCUUUCAUUAAUUUUUGUAAAGGUCCAAAAUUAUUUAUUGCUGUGUAACACGUUUGAUACUUUCACUUUUUUGCAAUAAGACCCCCCCCCCUCCCCCAUGUUAUCUAGUCAACUGACCUUUAAUAUUACCCACCGCUAACCCUGUGUCUUAUAACAGUAUUUAUACAAGGUCAUUUGGCAAACUUAGGACUUGCUUUCUUAUCUCAGCACAUAUCCUUUAUGAUUAAACAUCUUUCUUAUUCAUAUCUCAGCACAUAUCCUUCAUACACAUUAAACAUUUUUCUUAUCCAUAUCUCUUCACAUAUCCUUCAUACACAUUAAACAUCUUUCUUAUCCAUAUCUCCGCACAUAUCCUUCAUACACAUUAAACAUCUUUCUUACCCAUAUGUCAGCACAUAUCCUUCAUACACAUUAAACAUCUUUCUUUAUAAACACAUUAAACAUUUAUUCUAGUUAAAAGAUAGUUUAUCUCUUCGUCUUCAUUUCAAAUCUGUUCUUGGAAGUAAAAUCUUCUAUUAUUUGACACCAGCUCUCUUUUUUUAAAUAAACUUUCACAGUUUUUUUUUAAAUUUUUAUUUUUACCUUUAAAUCAUCUAAUCUUUUGAUCAAAGGCAUGAAUUAAAAGGCAUUGCAUACAAAGUACAUUCAAUCAAAUUCAGAGAACAUGUAAAUAUAUACAUUCACACAAAGUUAUUCAUGGACCAUAGACAAUAUUUUUAAAAAAUUUACUUAGCAGACGCAAUUACAGACACUUUAACAGACAAACUUUUGAUUUGUAUCAGCACAGACACCAUUUGACAGACAACAUGACAUAUAUUUAUCAAAAAACACAGACACACACAUAUAA